AUGCCGGAGGCCGCGGAGCUGAAAGGAGCGUGGAUGAAGCGACCGUUCGAUGUGUACAUGCUCAUGGUGCAAGCGGUUGGCGGACGACAAUUUGACCACAUCAAGGACCUCUUGUGUGAUCCAGAAUGUGGCCCAAAGGCGUGGAGGAAGCUUCUGGAUGUGCAGUCACCAACACACGCUACCGGCAUCGUGCUACUCGCGCGGCGGCUGAGCGACAUCAAGUUUGUUGUUGGAGAGCCGAUGCAACCGGUGUUGGAUGAGAUGCGGGACAUCUUUACGAAGCUCCAAGGUGGUGGUGUGGUGUACCCAGAGCUCGUGCAAUGCCCCCAAUGGAGCGUGGAUUACAUCUGGGCGCACAUCCUUGAGGAGGACUUGCGGCGUCGGAAUGUGGAGCGCGUGGAGGAGGGGGCUGGCUAUGGAGUUGGAGGUGGAAAGAGUGGCUCUAAGAAGAAGUGGAAGGGCAAGAACAAGGACAACCAUAAAGAGGAGAGCGGCGUGGGCCAAGGGGAGGUGUGCUUCUACUGCAAGAAGCGCAGACAUCGUUGA